AUGCAACUAGCACCCCUCCCCUGCCCACAUGCAACUCCCCUCCCCUGCCUCCACGCAACUCGCACCCACCCUCCCUCUGGUCAGAUUGUCGUGACCGACAGCCUCCAGGUGGCGCGCCACUGCAGCGCGCUGUUCGGCUGCUACGCGCUGCACGUGCCCAGCCUGCAGGAGGACGCCAAGGAGCUGCUCACGCGCGCGGGGCUGUGGGCCAAGUCUGCGGGCCUGUGGGACGGCAGGGGGGCGCUGCUGGUGCUGUCGGGGAAGUUCGAGGCCAACGCGGACAUGCAGCCGGAGCUGUCCGUCGUGCCGGCGGCCGGCGUGGCGGAGGGGAGGGCCGCGGUGGCGCGCAUGCUGCGGCGCACGCAGAGCAUCACGGCGUGA